CCUCCCACCGCGCCGAGCCGAGCCGAGCCGAGCCGAGCCGGGCCGGGCCGAGCCGGGCCGAGCCGAGCCACCAUGCUGGGCAUGAUCAAGAACUCGCUGCUGAGCAGCGUGGAGACGUGGCCCUACCGCGUGCUCAGCCAGGGGGCAGCGGGGGAGGUCGCCUACGAGGAGAGGGCGUGCGAAGGCGGGACGUUCGCCACCGUGGAGGUAACUGGGAAGCCGUUUGAUGAAGCCUCCAAGGAAGCGGUGCUCAAGCUCCUAAAAUACGUCGGAGGAACCAAUGACAAGGGAGUUGGAAUGGGCAUGACCGCCCCUGUCUCCAUCACUGCUUUUCCUGCUGAAGAUGGCUCCUUGCAGCAGAAAGUGAAGGUCUUUCUGCGGAUCCCAAGCCAGUUUCAAGCCACUCCUCCCUCUCCUAGUGAUGACAGCAUUAAGAUUGAAAAGAGACAGGAGAUGACAAUUUAUUCCACGCAGUUUGGUGGCUAUGCCAAAGAGGCAGAUUAUGUGAAUUAUGCUGCCAAGCUGAAGUCUGCUCUGGGGACUGAAGCUGUGUACCGCAAAGAUUUCUACUUCUGCAAUGGCUAUGACCCCCCUAUGAAGCCUUAUUGGCGACGCAAUGAGGUCUGGUUUGUGAAAGAGUGAGUGUCUGGGUCCUGGUGGUGCUAGCCCCUAGCACUGAGAGUCUCCCCACCCUACGUCCCUGUCCUCUCGAAAGAAACUAACAGUCUGGCAAAGGCAGAAAACCAUCAUCCCCUCCCUUCACAUCCAUGCCUCAUUCCCUUAAUGGACCAACUGUUUUAGAAGAACAGUGCAAAGCCCUGACGAUGCCUCCUUCCCAGGCCUGGCUGCUCCUUUCUCCAGACCAAGUGCUCUGCCACAUGGACUCUCAUGAUCUCUCAGUGGCUUGCUCUUAUCUUCCCUUAUGUUCCCAGAGUGAGCUGAGGCAGCUGAAGUAUGUAAUUAGCAAGGCUAGUGCCUGACAGGAGUCAUGUCCAAAUGCUGGCAGACUGUGAAGCUUAUCUGUGUCGGGCAGGAGGACGUGACCAAAGUGCAUACAGGGACUUUUGAACUUACUGAGCUUGCUGCAGCUUUAAAUGCCGCUUUUAUCUGUGCCAUUCCAAAAAGCAAUCUAAAGGGAUAUAGGUGUUUGCUACAAACAGUCUAGUGAAAAUGAGCAUCCUCUUCAUUUUCUCAUAGUGUGAAGUAGAACAAGACUUUUGCCAUCUGAUUAAGAAAUGUCAUUUUGAGGAAGAUCCCAGAUUAUGUUUAUGAAAUCUCUUCUGUUUGAGAAGUGGACACUUUGGGGUACAUUAUGUCGUGAUGUUAGCUAGGUGCUGGCCAGUGUGAUGUGGAGACCCUGAGUACAUUUCCGAGCCUUCCUAUUAUUUGUGUGCAAUAUUUCUUCUCUAAAACUAGCUUACACAGGGGCCAUAGUUGAAAUGUGCGUGAUAAUCUAAUUGAAUUAAAAGAAUGAUGACUGAAAGAAGCAGGUAGCUAUUACUUGUGAUCUGAGUGUGAAUUUCAAGAUGGUGAGCAUCUAGUCGUGGGAGCAACUAUGGGUGCAGCUCCUCUGAAAAGCUCCCUUCUUUAGUAGUGUUGGUUGCAGAGGGGUUUUAAAGACAACUCAGAGCAGUUGUCUUCAAAGGACAAAAGCCUGCUUGUUCUUGAAAACAGGGGUUUACUUAUCAAAUAAUAAAUAGCCACUUUGAAAUUUCAAGUAAAAUAGUAAGGAUGGGUCUUGUUUUAGGAACAGUGUGAUUGUUUAACUGUUUUGUAUUAAACCAGCAUUUUAGCUGUCAGCUCGCUACCAGGCAGGUAGCAGGACAUGUGUAAUGGGAAUGUGCACCAUGCUGCAGUGGGUGCCUGUGUAAUUUGUUACCUUCAACUAAAAGAGGUGUAUUCCUGUGAUACUAAAGUGCCUCAAAGUCCAGGUGCUUUCUAAAAGCCAUUUUCUAUUUAGAGAGGAAAGAGAUCUUUUCAGAUAGAAGUCAAAUUCUGACUAAUUAGGAGCUUUUUGACGUGUUCCCUUUUUCUGAAAGCAAAUCUUAGCAGUAAAAGGAGAAAGAGCUUUGUUGUGGGCCUUGCAAGAGCAUUUCAGUUCCCUGUGUGUAAGAGCAGCUGGUCAGGCUGAGAAAAAAGAGCAGGUGAUUAGUUAAUUUUCAAAAAAUAAAAGCAAAAGAAAAACUGUUGGCUGCAGUUAGUGAUUGCUGCACAGGGGAGGAGGAAUCAAAAGGGAAUUGUGAUAGACAAACAGAGUUCAGGAGUCACAGCCAUGAACCAGUUUUUUUGAAGGGUAAAGGCUUUUCUAAGGCUGUCCCCUAAGCCAAAGGAAUUUAUGCGUAUCCUGCAUAUUUUUACCUGCAUGAAUGAGGAAUGGAGCGAUAUAGUAGUGUCUGCUUUAUGAAUUCAUGGAUUGAUUUGGAGACUCUUGCAUAGACUUUCUACAAAUACAGUCCUUUCUGGCUUUGGGUGAUGAAUGUUUUGCAGCGAUUGAAGUCUCAAAAUUUCAAAAUUUGUCAAAGCAAAGAUACUUGCGUUCUGUCUGCACUUUCAUAGAGUUUAAAUAAAUAAAAGAAAUACAUUAAUAUUGUGAAGUACGCUUUUUGUGCUGAUCAUUGGCUCUGCAAGCUUGGUGGAAAUUGUUGAUUUGAAAGAUCUUAGCUUGCCAGUUUAUCAAAAUCUGUCUUAUUCUUUCUGUUUGGGGUACUAAUCAUGGCAUAAUAUCUGUCAAUAAUCAGUAUCUAUAAAUAAUCAUCAUGCUUUUUCCAAUAAAUUGCUAUUUUAUGUA